AUGGCUGCCUUAGUAGAAAAUGGUAGUGAAGCUAUUCCCCAGCAGGCAAUCAAAAAUGAGCCGAGCCUUUCGGUGGCCCAACUUGAAAGAUAUCAGUAUGAGGAAUACAUGAGCCAUAAUAAUAACAUGGGGACAACACUAGUUGCGCAAUGUGGAUCUAUCAUAGAUGCAACAAUGGCACCCCAAUCAAGUGUUGGUGCUUUAGAUUGUGGUGGAAGAACCGGAUUUGAAUGUCAAAUACAAAGUAAUGCCAUGCCUUGUGCAACAGAGUCUCCAAUAUCAAAAGAAUGCUGGUUGCCUGCUCUGGAAACAUGGGAUUACAUUGACCUAUUUAUGCCAGAUAACACAAAUUGGGAUGGUAUUGCUAGGGAAUUCCUUGCUGAGCUGCUGCAUGGUGAUCAAGAAGAGCUAUCGAAUGGUGAUCAGGAAGAGGCUUUACAAGGGAGUGUGAUUUCCAUGAUACCGAACUAUCUAGUGUCCAGAAUUUGA